GUUCUCAAUGCCGAAAUGUUUGAAAUUUUAAAAUUGUUAUUUUAUGGUGUUUUUUUCAUUACCAGUUUUACAUAUCAUGUAACAACUGUAUUUUUCCGCUCGGUAGCACUCUGGGGCAUUUUGCAAUUAUUAACUUUAUCAAAACGCAUAGACCGUCUAUUAGGCAGGACAGAGAAAUCUGUAGAAGAAGGAAGUCCUGACAAGCAAUCUCCGAAAACCAAGGAGAAAAAUAAAUCAAAGCGUGGUAAACCACGCCAAACUUUGAAAAAUCAGCAUGAAGAGCCAUCUUUCAGUACAAGUCUGUCCACACCUAUAGAAGAAAUUAUUGAGGAAAGUCUCACAGAAGAGGCUAGUGCAGACAUUAUCCCACCUACCGGAACAAAGAAGAAACACAAAUCUAGGAAACCACAUCCAAAUAAAAGUGAAGACAUAGACUGGCCAGUAGAUGAAGACGAGAUUACCAAGAAGGCGGUGAAGGUUCAAAAAGAAGUUGAAGCAGAUGACGUAGGGUUUUCAUUUCCACCUGUUAGAGAAAAAGGAAAGAGAAACAAGGACAAAAAGAUUGCCAAGAAAAAAACGGAUAUUCUUGACCCUUCCGUACCUCAAGAUUUCUUUGUAUUUGUCAAAGACAAACCACCAAAACCUGGUAUAGUCAAUAAUUACCAAACACGAAAGGCAAAACAAGCUGUUAUAGAAACAGUGCCGGAUAGAGCAAGACGGUUCUCAGACUCAUUUGAGAAAGUCCAAUUCCAAGCAGUUGGCAACAGAAUUGAAGAAAAGUGUCAGCCUGAAAAUUUGGUUAAACCAGAACAUAAAGAAAGCAAAAAGGUAUCACCACAAGUGUCAUACGCUAGUGUUUUAACAAACAGUACAAUCGAAUGUGAUGAAGAAAAAGUAUCAAACAUCAAUAGUACUGAAUUGAUAGAACUACAAUUAAAGCUAUCAACUUACUCAAACUCGACUGAAUCCUGCAGCGGAAGCAACUUCAGCUCCAUCGAAGUACUGAAUAAAAUAACUCCAAGUGCAUGCGAAAGCCCUGAAGAAAUUGAGUCACAAUUUGAGGUAAUCAAAGCUAAUGAUUUAGUCAGUUCAGAUCCCAACUGUAUAUUCAUCACAGAGGAGGCCAGCACUGAAAUUCUGAAAGACUCUCCAGUCUGUGCCAAUGAUGAGGAAGCAGUAAAGAAAACUGAGAAAGUUCCCGUGUCAGAUUCUCUUGAAUCUGAGUCGAACGAAAUCCAAGAUCUUCCUGAACUAGACAUAUCUAGUGAAGAAUUAAGAGACCUAACAGCAGCUGAAGGUGAUUUAGAACCUGAAACACAUCCGGUUGAUUUCGAUCUACUUCAACAUAGAGAAAGUGAUAAAACUAAUCUCGACAAAGAAGUUUCUGUACCAAAUGGAACAGAGAAAUUUCUUGAAGUAGAAGUUACAUCUGGCAAUGAACCAUCCACUGCUAACAAUCAUCAGGGGAAUUCUGAUCUGCUGGAAGAACUUGAUAGAAUUGAUCUAGAUGAAGUAGCUCAUAUAUCCAAAAAUAAAGAGCAAGUUCUUGAAAUUAAUCCAACAUCUGGUGAGGAGGCAAAAUUCAUAUCAUCAGGAGAAGUUGAUUCCAGUUCUGACAAUAACUUCUUUGAUUUUGAUCAGAGUGCAAGCAAUACUAACAGCGAUCUGGCUGAGUUUGCUCAAGCUAUUGAGGAAUCUUUAGGUGUCCAGAAAAAGGGGUCCAUACUUCACAACACUGCCAACUCUUCCAAACAGGAAUCUUUAUUGGAAUUCAUCGAACUAGAGAAACAAUUGUCUGAAUUUGACAAAGAAAUUGUUUUCGUUUCCGAACCUACUACUAAAACCCAACAAAAUCAGGACCUGUCUCAAAGUAUUCCCUCUACGGUGGAAAGUGACCAGAACAGCAGUGUAGGGUCGUGUCAGUUCAAGUCUCCUCUGGAGCACAGCAGCUUCUCCGAGAAGUCUGCAGACCAGUUUGUGUUCCCGGACUAUUCUAAUUCAGGAACCUUUUCUGGCCCCGAAUUCACACCUCCGGAGUUGUUCAAGGAUAUCUUGCCGGAUAUACUCACCAAUAGUUUGGUGACAAAAGACCAAGCAGAAGACUUGGACAAGCUGAACGAGUCUGCAGCUUUAUCAGAAAUCAGAAGGAACACCCCUCUGGAAUUGAUCAAGGAUUUCCAGCAAAGUCCAACAUCGUAUCAGAUUGCUGAUUCAUCAAUUGCAGUAUCUCAAACAUCAGGAAUUUCUAGUGAGGAGUUUCAACCAAACCCAGCAGACACAAGCUCGUUUGGAUCAGAUCGGAUUGAAGGAGAAAUUCUCUGCGCAGACUCACGGCCCCAGUCAGGCGCAUUUUCUUCAGAAGAUUCCGAGACAAACAUCAGGGUCAUCACUUCCAGGUUCAUCGAAGAAGAGAGAUUUGUUAGGAAAUACAGCUACUGGACGGGCAGCUGCGAACAAUUGGAACUGCUAGCGACACCUAUCAGGGAGAACAAGAAGUUGACUUCGGAAACGAUGCAGCAAGUCCGCGUUUUGACUCUCAAUGAUCUCGAACAUCAGGAAUCCACUUUGUACCGCAUCAAGAAGGAAUGGAUCAUAGAGUUCCGCGUCGGUCCUUCGUUGUUCGGCAGGAAGGUGUUUCUCUACUGCAACUACCCCUUCGAGAAGGCAGGCAAAACGGCAGAGUUCAACAGAAAUAAAUAUCAACUCCUAGAAUGGGCUUGGGAUGAAGGGUGCGAAAACGCAGACGACACGGCUGCCUUCAUUCAGAUAAAGGCUGCCUUGGCUGGAAGUUUCCACUAUUUUUUCACAUACGAGAAAGGGGAAAAUUUUGAAAGACACGGCUCAGGUUAUUUCCUCGUCGAUCCAGUUCUGACAUACGGCAGAAACGAAGAUCUCCCCUUGGAUUGCAUUCAGUGUCAAACGGUUCUCACUAAAGGUUUAGGAUCGUUCUCAAAAUGGGAAAGCAAACUGAGAGUCGCAAAGGAGUCUGGAUAUAACAUGAUCCAUUUCACUCCCAUUCAGGAGUUGGGCGAAUCGAAUUCUUCAUACAGUUUGAGCGAACAGCUGCAGUUGAACCCGAUUUUCAAGAAAGAUGACGGGGAAAUGCCAACAUUUGAAGAUGUGGAGAAGCUUGUGUCAAAGCUUCGAGAAGAAUGGAAGAUAACCUCAAUCUGCGACAUCGUCCUCAACCACACUGCGAACGAAAGCAAAUGGAUCCAAGCGCACCCAGAAGUGACCUACAACUGCGUCGACUGUCCCUACAUGCGCCCCGCGUACCUCCUCGAUGCCGCCCUCCACCAGUUCUCCAUGGACGUGAAAAAGGGCCUGUAUGAAGACCGGGGCGUUCCCUCCGAAGUCGACUCUGAGGAACACUUGAAUGCCAUCCGCCAUCACCUUCAGCAGAGCGUUUUGGAACCCCUGAACAUCCCGGAGCUGUACAUGAUCGACGUUAACAAGUGCGUGGCGAAAUUUCUGAUGUUGGCUCGUACCGUUACGCCUGCAGCUCAGAAUAGAGGGGAAGUAACGGAAGAGCUCGAACUCGUUCAAGACCCAGAGUACAGAAGACUAGCGGCUAGUGUGGAUAUGGACUUGGCGUUGAAACUGUACAACGUCUACUGGAAUGAUACUUUCGAUGAGGAGUCAAGAUUGAAACGUUGCUCCGAAGAGUUGAAAAAGCAACUCGACUCUCUCAACAAAACCGUCACCGAGGAGGUUAACGGAGACCUGAAUGUAGCCUUGGACAACGUCAUUGCCGGCGUGAGGUACCACCGUGUUCAACCGGAUGGUCCUAGAUUCAAAGAAAUCACCGCGAGCAAUCCUCUAGUCUACCGAUACUUCACCGAUUUUGGAACUCCGAAGUCUCUUAAAGAGCAUGAAGAGAUCAUGUACAGCGAUAAGGGGAGAUUUCUGAUGGCGCACAAUGGAUGGGUCUUGAAAUCAGAUCCGCUGAAGAAUUUCGCAGCAAAAGAUUCCAAAGUGUACAUCAGACGGGAACUGAUUGCUUGGGGAGACAGCGUCAAAUUGAGAUUCGGCGACAAACCUGAAGACUGUCCCUUCCUGUGGGACCACAUGAAGAAGUACGUCGAACAGACAGCUAGGAUUUUCGAUGGCGUGCGGUUGGAUAACUGUCAUUCGACGCCGAUACCUGUUGCGGAAUACUUAUUGGACUGUGCGAGGAGAGUCCGACCUGAUCUGUAUGUCGUGGCUGAGCUCUUCACCAAUUCCGAUAUGACGGAUAACAUCUUUGUGAACAGACUCGGCAUAACCUCCCUGAUCCGCGAGGCCAUGUCCGCGUGGGACUCGCACGAACAGGGACGCCUCGUCUACCGCUACGGGGGCAGUCCGGUAGGUUCAUUCCACCAACCGAGCGUGCGUCCUCUCGUGCCUUCCGUCGCGCACGCGCUCUUCCUCGACCAGACGCACGACAACCCCAGCCCCGUGGAGAAGAGGUCUGCCUUCGACUUGCUGCCCUCCACCGCCCUGGUCAAUAUGGCGUGCUGCGCGAGCGGCUCCAACAGGGGCUUCGAUGAGCUGGUGCCCCACCACGUGCACGUCGUCGACGAGACGAGGGAGUACACCGAGUGGAGAGAGGAGGGGGUUGAGGUGGGCCCUGGGAUUGUCACGGAGAGGAGCGGCUUGAUAGGGGCGAAGAGAGCCAUCAACGAUUUGCAUUUCACGUUGGGGAAAGAGGGAUUCAACCAGGUUUAUGUUGAUCAAAUGGACGCUGACAUCGUCGCCGUAACGAGACAUUGUCCCGAUACACACCAAAGCUACAUCCUGGUAGCUUUCACGGCAUUUAACCAUCCCAAUGAGGAUGCAGAAAAUCAUCAGAGAGGCAUCAAACCCCUGAGGUUCGAAGGGGUUCUUGAAGAGAUCGUUUUGGAAGCAUCCAUGAGCCAUGUCAACAAAAAGUCUGGUGGCUUGCAGUUUUCCAAAUGGGAGAGGUUUGAAAAAGAUUCAAAAUACAUAAACGGUCUCUCCGAAUAUGAAGUUUCUAUGAAGCAACACAUCAAUGUUACCGAGUCGGAUAUUCUCGAGAAAGUUGAUUCUGGCACGCAAAACGUGACGCAACUCAACUUUAAAAACUUCAAACCAGGGUCUGUCGUAGUAGUAAGAGUGUCUUUGCCAGAGUCGAUGAAAAACGCUGUAGAAAAGGUACGAAACCUCAUCGAUAAAUUCUCUCUGAAGGAGCAGACUGACCUCUCCGCCAUCAUCAGCAAAAUGACCCUCGGCGAUUUGAACAGAGCCUUGUAUAGAUGCGAUCAGGAAGAGAGAGACGAAGGAUUUGGUUUCGACACGUACAACAUCCCCAACUUUGGUCCCAUGGUGUACGCCGGUUUACAAGGAUUUAUGUCUCUGCUGUCUAAUAUCAGACCAAGUAACGACCUAGGUCAUCCAAUGUGUGCAAAUUUAAGAGAUGGAAACUGGAUGAUUGAUUUCAUUUGGAAACGAUUGAAACUAGACCCAGGUACUGAAGAACUAGGCCAUUGGAUUGAGGAGAACACAAAAUGUUUUACGGACAUACCCAGAUAUCUGGUUCCUUGUUAUUUCGACAUGCUAGUCACCGGCAUUUAUAUUCUUCUAAUGGAAAAGUGUUUUAACUCAAUGACAAACUUUGUCAAGAACGGCUCUACUUUUGCCAGAGGCCUUUCCUUAGGAUCCGUUCAGUUUGGGGCGCACAUCAAGUCCGCCGACUUGCCGACCUUGUCCCCGAAUUUGGCCCCGCCGAAGCCUCUUACUAGAAAGACCGACAGCGGCGAAGUUGUCCAAGCAUGCGUUACAUUAUCUGCAGGUUUGCCGCAUUUUUCCGUCGGUUACAUGAGAAACUGGGGCAGAGACACUUUCAUCGCCCUGAGGGGCCUGUUCAUUCUGACUGGGCGCUACCAAGAAGCUAGAGAACAUAUUUUAGGUUAUGCAGCCUGUCUGAGGCACGGUUUGAUCCCCAACUUGUUGGACGGGGGAAGAAAUCCCAGAUUCAAUUGUCGAGACGCAGUAUGGUGGUGGUUGCACUGCAUCAAAGAAUACGUUACUGAAGCCCCCGAUGGCAUCUCCAUCCUCUCCGACAAAGUAUCCAGGAUAUUCCCCAAAGACGAUUCUGCGGCUCAGCCUCCAGGAGCUGUGGACCAACCUCUACAUGACGUCAUGCAGGAAGCGUUGAACGUUCAUUUCCAAGGUUUGGCCUUCAGAGAAAGGAACGCCGGCAAGCAAAUAGAUGAGCACAUGACUGAUCAGGGAUUCAACAAUCAAAUCGGAGUGCAUCCGGAAACCGGGUUUAUCUUCGGCGGCAAUCAGUGGAACUGUGGCACUUGGAUGGACAAGAUGGGCUCUUCCGAUAAAGCGGGCAACCGCGGUAAACCGGCGACGCCCCGAGACGGUUCAGCCGUCGAACUAAUCGGUCUUUCGAAAUCGGUCAUAUCGUGGCUCGCCAAACUCGAUGCCGAAAAGAAGUAUCCAUAUCCAGGCGUCGAAAGGACCCACAAGGACGGCAGGAUCACCCGUUGGACAUUCAAAGAGUGGAGCGAUAAGAUACAGGCCAACUUUGAAAAGCAUUUCUGGAUCAAUUCGAAACCGACCGAGGGAGAAAUUCGGCCGGACCUGAUCAACAAACGAGGUAUCUACAAGGACUGCCACGGCGCCAGCCAGGAAUGGACCGACUUCCAGCUAAGGUGUAACUUCCCCGUUGCCAUGGUGGCCGCGCCAGAACUUUUUUCGCCCUCGCACGCCUGGGAAGCCUUGGCUCAGGCGGAGAAAUACCUUUUGGGACCUCUUGGAAUGAAAACCUUGGAUCCCAAAGAUUGGGCGUACAGAGGAGACUAUAACAACUCCAACGAUUCCAAUGAUCCUACUGUGGCCAAUGGAUUCAACUAUCAUCAAGGACCGGAGUGGGUUUGGCCGAUAGGAUUCUUCCUGAGGGCCAAGUUGAUAUUCGCAGCGCAAAACGGAGCUUUGAAAGAAACUCUAGCCAGUGCCAAAUUGAUCUUGUCCAAACAUUUCGUCGAGCUACAAACGUCUCCUUGGAGGGGGCUCCCCGAACUAACUAACACCAGCGGAUCCUACUGCUCCGACAGUUCCAGAACACAGGCAUGGAGCAUGUCUUGCGUUCUAGAGGUUCUGUACGAUUUACAAAAAAUUGAGUCGAGCUUGAAUCUGCAAGGCAACUGACUUGGUGGUGAUAUAGUUAUAAGAAAAAGUAACGGAGUCUCGCGACAACUUUCAGACAAAACCAUACUGAGCGAACUGGUGGAAAAGACCAAAUCCCCAUCCCCGAAGUUCAUGAAGAUGUUACGCAGGCAGAAAAUCCACACGGAGAUCGUGUCUUCGCUCGAAGAAAUCAAAAUUAUGUGCCACGGCCUCGAAGACGGUCAAAAUAUAGCGAACUGUCCUUGUUUUAUAGAAUCAUUUUCAGCAUUCAGCGAUGGUUACUUCAAAAAUCAUCAAACUCUACCAGGUGAAGUGAUCGAUUUGGGUGACUUUGUGCAGACUGAGAAAAAUUUGCUCGUAGCUAAAAGUUUUUAUCGCGAUUCCGCGGUUGUACCUUUUUAUCAACGUGGAUAUCGCGAAAAUUGUCCUGGGAUCUUGCUAGAUACCAGAAGAUUCCAACCAGCCAUCUCUGGCAUCACAAAUAAAGAUUGCUUACCAACGAAAAACCAUGCUAGCGUGUUCGCCAACUACCUUUCUCGUGUUACGACAGGUACAGGGAAACGGAGAGGCACUGCAGUAGAUUUUGACGAAAUUGUGCCCUUGGCCGAGGAUAUGCUGUCAUUUUCUCCCCGAAACGGACCAGGUGAUGACUUGGAGCUGGCUGCGGAACGGCAAGUGUUGCUUCUCGAUCCCCUGCUGUUAGAUUUAAAUUCGAGGAGGACUAAGCAGAGGGUGACUCUGUCGGAGCACAAGAAGAUGGUGCGGAUCACGAUAAUAUAUACUUUGGCUUUCUUCGCUUUAGCUCUGGUUACUUUUUUCAGUAUAUAUUUGCUUUGAGGGCGGCUCGCGUUUUUUUUAUAUUCUACAAAAGACUGUUUUAAUGAUUUUAAACGAUAUUUAUUUUUGUGUGUUUUUACGAAUAUGCUUUCUAAUUGUUACGUUUAUUGGUAGCUUUCUAUUUCAGAAUUUAUUCCUGUUGCAAUUUUAAUGAAAUAUAGUCAUUUACAGAUGAUCGAAAAAUAAAUAGGUUUAAGAAAAAA